AUUUCGACUGCGCCCGAGCAAAAAAAAGGAGCCCAACCAUACCAGAUUGUAGUGAUCGCGAUAACACCGACAGGGGAGAAGUCAGCACCGGGAGGGGAAGGACACCUCAGCGCUUCAGGGGCGUGUAGGAUCUUUAGUGAGGAUUCGCUGGUGGUCACCCACCCAACUACUAACUCACCGGCGUGUGGCUCGGGUGGGUGCCGCCCGGGUGAGUUUAGGGUGCGCGCCGCUUUACCGUUGCGCGACCAGGGUGAGAGAGGGUGA